AUGAACAUAUACUUUUGGUUCAAUAAAUGUACAGUUAGUAUAAUUGUUAACUGCCUCGGUGGUGUAGUGGCUAGCAUGUACGGCUGCACACCUGGAGGUCCUGGGUUCGAGUCCCACGUCGAGCCAAGUUUAGUUAUUGAGUCUUUCUGUAUAGUAAGCCUCAGUAACAGCCCAGAGUUGGGAAGUUGGCGGUGUUUCACCUACGUGCCUCGGAGAGCAUGUAAAGCCGUCGGUCCUGCGUCUCAACUCUCACCGGUCGUGUCUCGCGUCGUCCCACCGGAGUAUGAGAGUGACAGGAAUAGAGAGUGCACGUUGUGUCUGCGCGUACACAUGUGCACUAUAAUAUCUCCUGCGCAGUUGGCUAGUCUCAAUGAGAUUGGCCACCGUGGCCGGAAUCGGUCAGAAGAACAUAAUCAUAACUGUUUUUUUUUUGGU